UCGACUGAAAUGUUAAUCAUAGCGAACGACGCUGCCGGCCAGUAGCGAUUGGAAUCUAAAAAUCGAUGGCUUCUCCGACGGUGGCCGAGCCACAACCCCACGCCGUUCUCGUCCCCUUUCCGAUGCAAGGCCACAUCACCCCGUUCCUGCGGCUGGCCACCCUCCUCCUCGCCCGCGGCUUCCACGUCACCUUCGUCCUCACGGAGUACAACGCCCGCCGCAUGGAGCGCGCCCGCGGUCACCGCUGGGACGCCGCCGCCAUCCCAUCCUUCCGCGUCGAGACCAUCCCCGACGGCCUCCCCGAACCGCCUCCGGACCAGCGAGACGAGACGCAGGACGUCCUGGCUUUGUGCUCGUCCGUGCGCUACACCUGCCUGGCCCCCUUCAGGGAUCUCAUGGCCCACCUCGGCCGCGCGCCCCACACGCCGCCGGUGACGAGCAUCGUCUCCGACAGCGGGAUGGGGUUCACAGUGGACGAGGACUUCGGCGUGCCCGUGUUCUUCUUCGUCACGCACAGCGCUUGCGGAUGCUGGAGCUACCUACAAUUUCCGGACCUCGUCGCCAGAGGCUACACGCCGCUCAAAGACGCAAGCUGGUUGAGCAACGGCUACCUGGACACGCCCAUCGACUGGAUCCCCGGCCUGGAAAACCUCCGCCUCCGCGACUUCCCUUCCUUCGUCCGUACCACCGACCCAGCCGACGUCUUGCUCAAUCUCAAUGUCCGCCGUGCCAUCGUCGACGUCGCUCGCAGCGCGGGUCUCAUCUUCAACACCUUCGCCGCCCUAGAGGAUCCGGUGCUCGCCGCGAUCCGCUCCAAGUACCCCAACCUCUACGCCAUAGGCCCGCUCGCAUCCUCCUCCGUCUCCUCCUCCCUCUGGAAGGAGGACGCGGAGUGCCUCCGGUGGCUGGACGCCCAGCCCUCCGCCUCCGUCCUCUACGUCAACUUCGGGAGCAUCACGGUGGUCACGACGUCGCAGCUGGCGGAGUUCGCGUGCGGCCUGGAGCGGAGCGGGCACCGGUUCCUGUGGGCGGUGCGGCCGGAUCUGAUGCGGGAUGGCGGUGCGGCGGCGAUAGUCGGGGAGUUGGCGGCGAAAGUGGGCGAUCGGGGCUCGGUGGUGGGUUGGUGCGACCAGCGGAGGGUUUUGGCGCACCCGGCGACGGCAGCAUUCCUGUCGCAUUGCGGCUGGAACUCGACGCUGGAGAGUGUGGUCGAGGGCAGGCCCAUGAUAUGCUGGCCGUUCUUCGCGGAGCAGCACACGAACUGCCGGUUCCUGUGCACCACGUGGCGUAUAGGCGUGGAGAUUAGUGGGGAGGUGACGCGGGAGGCGGUGGAACGGUCCGUGCGGGAGGUGAUGGAGGACGAGGACUUGAGGCGCAGGGCGGCGGAGUGGAAGCGGAAGGCGAGGGAGGCUGUCGGUCCUGAUGGUUCCUCCACCGCCGAUCUCGAUAGGUUGGUGGUGGACUUGAAGCCGACGACGAAGAAGCGGCCGCUGUCUUGAAUUCAAUUCCAUCUCGGUUCGCUGGAUGUCCCAAUCAUCUUAUCCAAUCUGUCCUUCAAUUAUUUCCAAUUUGUUGUUAAACGCAUCGUGUGCUGUUUUAUUUUGUUAAUGAAUCGUGUUAAUCACAA